AAGUGAUCAUAAGUAAAAGGAAAAUUUACUUGUACCGGUAUACUCUACGUCACGCGAUUCUUGUGCAGUGCAUGUUCAUGUUCGUUCUUCAGAGAGUCGGCAGAAUUAAAAUUCUUGACACCGCUGCCCUUGUACGUUACUUGCCAAAUAGUUCAGCAUGACCCCCACCACUCAUCGAUCGAGAGUUGUAUAAAAGAAAAAUUGUCCUGGGGCCAAACAGUCAAAAACGUUUCUUCGAAGUUGCACUAUAAAGCACUUCGCGACAAUGAAGACGAGAAUAAUCAUUCUCCUGGCGCUGCAACUCGUGACAUUGGUGGUAUCUGAUCCAAACCAGAAAGAUGGAAAUAGUUUGGAGCAAUUGGAAGAAAAGCUCACGAGGGCGAUGGACGAACUCAAUAGAAAGGACACUAUCGACAUUUAUGGUGAUAUGGUUACGCUGAAAAAGAUUCCGGAAGACGGAAAUUUGUCGCAAGAGAGUGCAGAUCCGCUUGUGAGCAGAAUCGAGAGAUUUCUAAAAACUCGAAGAAUACAAAUUAAUUUCCCAAAUGAUGCCUCAACUGCUGGUUUGUUCGGGCGCGCCCUCGGCCAGAAGAACAUCGACAUAGAACUCAAAAGUCUGACAAAUGGAGCGUCCGAAGCUCGUACAAAAUUGAAGAAGAUGAUUAUACCACUCUUACUUCUGUUGGGUCUAAAGGCAAUAAUUAUUUUGCCCAUCGUAAUCUCCGCAAUCGGUCUGAUAGGCCUUAAAGGCUUGGGCGCAGGGCUUAUAUCGCUUGUGCUUUCCGGCGCGAUAGGCUUGAAGGCCCUUCUUACACCACCGCCUCCGCCAAGAGUCAGCUAUGGCAUUGUGAGACCGCAUGAAAUUCAUCACGAUCACUGGCAUAGAUCAGAACAAGAAGUUAAUCAACCUUAUAAAGGCUGGACACCGGAAUUGAAUGGCGAACAAUAUCCAUAUCAAGACAUUCCAUAA